AAAUGUAAAUAUACACUUAUAAAUUAUAGUUGUAAAUAUUUUUAUUAAUCUUCAUUAAUAAUAAGCAGAAAAAUUUAUAUUUUUCAAAUGACCUCAUUAAAGCCCGAAGAAGCAUUUAAAAACUUAGGAAUAACACAUUGGUUAAUAAAACAAAUAAAAAAACUUGGAUUAAAAGCGCCUACACCUAUUCAAAAAGAAUGUAUUCCAAAAAUAUUAAAUGGAGAUGAUUGUCUAGGAGCUGCUAAAACUGGAUCUGGAAAAACGUUUGCAUUUGCAUUACCAAUUUUACAAAAACUAAGUGAAGAACCUGUUGCAUAUUUUGCAUUAGUUCUAACACCUACUCAUGAGUUGGCUUAUCAAAUAUCAGAACAAUUUCAAGUUGCUGGGCAGCCAAUGGGGGUUAGAGUGUGUGUUGUUGCUGGUGGAACCGAUCAAAUGAUUGAAAGUCAAAAUUUAAUGGCUAGGCCACAUAUAGUUGUUGCUAUGCCUGGUCGUUUAGCAGAUCAAUUAACUGGUUGUGCUACAUUUUCUUUUGAUUCACUGAAGUUUUUGGUCGUGGAUGAGGCCGAUAGAAUGUUAAAUGGGGAUUUUGAUGAAAGUUUAUCAACAAUACGUAAUUUUUUACCAAAAGAUAGACAAAAUUUAUUUUUUUCUGCAACACUAAAAGAUUUUAUUAAAGAGUCAAGUAUUUUCCCUUUAAACAAUAAUGUUUUUGAGUGGACGGAAGAAAGUGAAAUAGCAACUGUAGAAACCUUAGAUCAAAGAUAUGUACUUUGUGCAGAAUAUGAUCGAGACAUGGUGUUAGUGGAAGUUUUGAGAAAAUAUAGGGAAGACAAUGAAGAAGCUAACGUGAUGAUUUUUACAAGCACUAAAAAGUAUUGUCAACUUUUAUCAAUGACGCUUAACAGUCUAGGACAAGAUAAUGUUUGCUUGCAUGGUUUUAUGAGGCAAAAAGAAAGGGUUGCAGCAUUAAAUAAAUUUAAAUCUAAGCAUGUUAGAACUCUAAUUGCAACAGAUGUUGCCGCAAGAGGAUUGGAUAUUCCUAAUGUUCAAUUAGUAAUAAACCAUCGUUUACCUAGACAAGCAAAGGAAUAUAUUCACAGAGUUGGGCGCACUGCCAGGGCGGGCCGUUCUGGACUUUCGAUUUCAAUAUUUCGAUUUCCUCGCGAUUUAGAGCUUUUAGGUGAAAUUGAAGCUGAAAUUAAUACUAAAUUAACGGAACAUCCUGUCGAUCAACGCUUAGUUGAAAGGAUAUUUAUGCAAGUUAAUGUAGCUCGGAGGGAAAAUGAAAUUACGUUGGAUAAUAAAGAUUUUGAUGAAAGGGCUCAUGUAUAUCGAAGAAAAAAAUGGAUUUUAGAAGGUUUAGAUCCAGAUUUUAUGGAGGAACAGUAUAAGAAAAAACAGAAGGAAAAGCUAAAAAAAGUGAAACAAAAACAAAAAGAAAGGAGAGCACAAAUGGAGCAGUCAAAGAAACCAUCGGAAUUGAUUGAAGACGAACGUUUUAAGACAAUAGAUACAGAACGUUUUGAAAAGAAAUUAAAACCGAAGAAAACUGAAACGAAAAGGACAAAUGAAGAAGAAAAGCACAAAAUUAAAAAAUUACCAAAAUAUGUUAAGAUAAAAAACAAAAUGAAAUCUUAGCUA